AUGACGAGUCCACAACCAAGCCCGCGAAAUGAACAGCCCGAGAACCCCUUUCUUAGACCGUCUCAAGAUGGACGGAGCAUGACAAGCUUUACUGCUGAAUCCAAAAAUAGUUCGAGGAGCAUGUUACCACUUUUAUACACUCAGGGCCUACUCGAGCCACGACGAAAUGGAUACUCAGUCAGUCUUUUGAUGACGUCGUUGUAUUCAACUCUAUGUUCAGCCCUGUUUUUUAUCGUCGCCUUAGUCCAACCUAAAUACGGCCAUGUCGUAUCGGCGCGCGGGCGCUUUAGCCCUUCCUCGGCGGCGCUAUUGACGGCCUUCAUCGCCAAGACCGUAGAGUUGUCGUUUGUGAUGGUGUUCUUGGCAUUCAUAGGGCAGGUCCUGUCGAGAAGAGCUAUUCAGCAAAAGGGCCUUAAUUUGGCCAGCGUGGAGAUGCGGUCUUGGAUUCUCCAGCCAGGGAGACUAUUCAGUGAAUGGCAUAGCGUUAGGGUUGCCGGCUUCAGCUUCCUGGGAGUACUCUCUCUGAUCACUGCCGUUCUUUCCUUACUAUAUACCACGGCAACUGGUGCACUUGUGCAACCACAACUACGUCUUCCACCAUGGGAAAAACAGAUGAUGGUCGGUCAGGUAGAUGGUGACUUCUCCAGUACCCUAAAGGCCGAUAAGACUUGCCUGACCGCCUGGCCUGACGUGGGCGAUGAUCAAUGGGGUGGUAGCACGUGUCUUGCCAUGAAAUGGUCAUCGCUCUGUGGUCGAAACUUUGUCAAAUACAUGUCAGCCUGGGACGACUCAGCGGCAGCCUCGAACCCUCCUUGGAUGUCUGAGGACCUUCUGCAACGCAAGCGGAUUAGUGCGUCGCUAGAUAAUAACGUUACUGUUACUACUGCAUGGCUGGACCAUCAUGACGUCGCGACUGAAUCCGAGAAGGCGGGGAGAAUAAUCAACAACAUCACUAUAGCUGUGCCUCAUCGAGGCAUUCCAGCUGCAGCUCGCAAUACCCAGAAUGAUUUGUUGCAACCGGAAGAUCUCCACGAUGGCGGCUCAUACUCUGUUCACGCAUCAGUCGCAAGCUUUGCGAUCAAUGCCUUAUGUGUCAAUGCGAAAGAGGAAGAGCUGGCUCCAAUUAUAUACAAGAACUGGCCCAAUGCGAUCGCUAUGGAAGAAGGCUCCAAGUCGGUGAACUGGUGGCCUAUCUUGGGAUUUCCAGCGGGAACUAACACAAACAACAAAACGGUACUUGAUGACAUUUUUGGUUGGAAAGACGAGACAGAAGAUCAUUCUCGGGCUAGACCCAUAUUUCUCAAGUAUCCCAAGGCAGGAAACACAAUCGCGAACCACACCCAAGUCCCAUACGAAGAGGGUGACAGACCAGAGGUAUACCUCCUCGGCAAAGCCCCCGACAAUACCACCGAGGACUACUUCCUCUGCUCCAUGAAAGCCGGCAUUACAACUUCCUGCACCACACGCUACAACGCCUCCUCCGGCGGUCAAAGCCUCGAGGCCGUCUGUGACGGCCCACACGGGAAUAUCAGCGGGGACGCCUCUAUCCAACCCCUCCGUUCCAAUGGUGAUAAAGCCGCUCUAGUCGGCUGGCGCGAACUAGGCUUCAACCUCCUCAACUCUCUCAGUCUGAACAACGGCGUCUUUGAUGGUGAUGCGUCAACAGCACGUAUAUUUACCCAACUACAGCUUACCGAGCCCAAGCUGAACAAAACGUUGCCGAGUCCCGCGGAGGCGCUAUUGAGUAUGACGACGUGUACAGUUUUGGAUCUGACGCAGGAUUUUCCUUUCACUACGGAUGGAAAGUUUGAUCAACCGCAGAUGCAAAACUUUAAUGCUUCUGUAAGAGUAGCACAGUACAUGUCCGGUGGUGAGAAGGACUAUCAGAAGGCUCUGUUGGUAGUCCUCGCUCUAACUCUCCUCAUCAAUAUCUUCAUCUUUAUCUACUUCGCAGUCCUCUUGCGCAUCCGCCUCAUCACCGACAUCUGCGAACCUCUCGUCUUGUUCAUCCUAGGCUACCAUUCUCCACCGCAGGACGGACUGUUUAGAGGCUUGCCGCAAGAAGGGCCGCAGAAGAGGGAUAUGCGAGUCGAUUGGAUUGUCAAGAGGAAGGGGGAGCAGUUGGUCGUUGUGGGAAUGGAAGAGAGGGAUGGUGAGCUGGGGGCGGAGAGGAGAGGGGAGGGAGGCGUUGGCGGUUGGUUUAGGAUGAAGAGGAGAGGGGGUAGAGGGAAGCAGGAUGGGAAUGAAAGUGACGGGGGUUCACCGGAUGGGAAUAGGGCUUGA